AUGUUCUCUCUUCGAAUUGUCUUUUACAUCCUACUGAUAGAUUACUCCAAAUGUAGUUUUUCUGUGACCGAUUUCAAUAAUGAUUUCACAAAAUAUUAUUUGACCUCGACCAAAAUAGAUGGGCUUAAUAAUUAUACAAAAACUCUUAUGAAUGGUUCACUAUGGUGUUUCCCGUUGAAUUAUGCGGAGAAAAUGGAGGAUGAAAUUUGUAUCCAACAAAAAUAUGUAAGAGUUUUGAGUCUAGCCACCAACAUUAUUAUUUACGAUACAAAUACAAGCAAAGAUUUGACGAAACACAUUGAAGCUAAUAAACAUUUUGGACUAAUUGAAGGAUUCGUCAGAAUGGAACAAAAUGUCAGCUAUAUCACAGGCUAUAUUAGCAAUUCAAAUUUUUAUGGCAAAAUGAGUUACCGAAAUGAUAUAUACUACUUUGAAGAAUUGGAGAAAUUUCCUUGGUUGCAUUCAUCUCCGUAUAAAAAUGCUAUUGUAUUCCAUAGCAAUUCAUCUUCGGAAAAGAACCACAAUGAUCCAAGUCCUCAACAAGUGAAAAAGUUCAAAAGGAGUAUUACUGAUGAAGAACUAUUCAAAGUAAUGAUUGGUAAAGGAAAAGUGUGCACCUUGUUUGUACUGUUGGAUAACUCGUUUUUAACAAUAAUCCAUAAAAAUGAUGUGGAUUCAGCAAUCAAACAUGUAUUUUCCACAAUAGAGGAGGCAAAUUCUUUGUUUCGGUCAACAGAUUUUGAUGAUGAUGGUUCCCCUGAUAACAUCGGAUUCUUGAUCAAAUAUUGCAUUGUUUUGAGGACUGAUAAUUCUGCAAUGAAUUUACUACCAAAAUAUUCCAAAGAUGCCAUAGAUGGAAAAUUGUUUUUGAAAAUGUUUUCCCGAUACAAUUUACUGAACGAAGUUUGUCUGGGUAUUGUAUUCACUGGUCAAUCAUUUCUGAAAGACAUCGUGGGCAUCAGUUUCUCAGCCGUACCAAUGGACAAAAAAUAUUCAACUUUUCCAAUCGGAGGAAUCUGUGAUCGUCCUUUCAUAGAAAAUCCCGGAAUAAAUUUGAAUACUUUAGCUGUUUCUGCUAAAAGUGCAGAUGGGAAGACGAUUCCAAAAUACAUAUUCGAUCUGAGUUUGUCGCACGAAUUAGGACACAGCUUUGGAAGUGAUCAUGACAAAGGUGAAGAUUGUAAUGGCUAUCUGAUGAACGAUCAUACUCCCGAAAAUUUAGAUAGGAAGCAUUUCGUUUUCUCCAGUUGCAGCAAAAGGAUGAUGUUGAAAACUAUAAUUGGCAAAGGGCACUGCUUCGAAGACGAUUACAGUAUUUAUUGCGGAAAUGGUAGAACGGAACCCUACGAGGAAUGCGAUUGUGGUACCAAACGAGAUUGUGAAGAGUUUGAUGCUUGUUGUAUACCACGUGGAAUGCUGAACUCUUGCAAAAUUCGGAGGGAUAAAGGAUACCAGUGCCAUCCUUCACAGGGUUUAUGUUGCUCUUCCACAUGCCAGUACAGAGACUUGUCAAUGCAUAACUUGAACUGCAUGGACUUUCAAAGAAGUUGUCCUUGUAUGGAUGAUUCCGAAGUAUGUUCCUGUGGAAUUCAAGGGACAUGUGUCGAUAACAUAUGCAACAGUGAUGAAUGUGCAAGAAUAAAUAUGAAAGAAUGUGUAUGUUCGCAAGAGACUACUGGGAUAAUGUCCAGAUGUUCAACAUGCUGCUUGUUCAACGAUUCCUGUCUACCUGCAAGUAUUCUAACAACAAAAAUAAUGGAGAACAAGACUUUCGUAGAAAACCUAAUUGAUUCAGAAAUAGAUAGAGAAAAUUACGUUAUGCAUAAGCAAUUUUGUAAUAAGAAUGGGGAACAAUGUGUGCGAUUUUAUUUUCGAGAAGUCCAGCCAGGAGAAUACUGUUUACUUUUUGGUAAAUUAGGAAUAUGCAACAGCAGCUAUAAAUGUAUAAUUCCAGAAUUGAAUCUUAAAUAUCCUGAUCUACCUAUUGCAAAGAUGAGGAGUAGUAAUGCCAAAUUUUCGAUACGGGUUUUUGAAUGUGAUGUGCUUAUUAAGUUCUCAUCAUUGUUGUUAUUUUUAUUUUUGUUUCAAUAA